AUGGAAGUCUACGUCGAUGACAUGGUGGUCAAAACCACCUUGGCAAUAGACCAUGCUAUCGAUCUCGCCGAGGUGUUCGCCCAGAUCAGAAAGCACGACAUGCGUCUCAACCCGGAGAAGUGCAUUUUCGGCGUUCAGGGGGGAAGGUUAGUCUCACUGUCCCGAUUCAUCCCCAAACUCACGAAGAAAGCAAGGCCAAUCUUCACCCUGCUAAAGAAGCCAAAAGACUUCCAGUGGACAGGUCAGUGCGAAGAAGCUUUCCAGAGCUUCAAAACCUUUCUCUCGACCCCACCGAUCCUACAGAGGCCGAACCACAACAUCGACCUCCUCCUCUACUUGGCCAUAGCAGAAAAUGCCAUCAGUGCUGUAAUAGUGCAAGAAAACCAGAAGACGCAGAUGUCGAUCUACUUCAUCAGCCGAGUCCUCCAGGACGCGGAGAAGCGAUACCAGAUGGUUGAGAAGUUGGCGCUAGCACUCGUCACCGCGGCCCGACGGCUUCCACCACAUUUUCAAAGCCACCAGGUGGUAGUCAAAACCGACUACCCCAUAAAGAAAAUCCUGAGAAAACCAGAACUCGCCGGACGAAUGAUCGCAUGGUCAGUAGAAUUAUCCGAGUUCGGCAUCCGGUACGAAAGUCGUGGAACCCUGAAAGCGCAGUGCCUGGCCAACUUCGCAGAGUAUGAGGCACUCCUCGCAGGACUGAGGCUAGCCAGCGACCUCAGAGCCCGAAGAGUGAGCUGCAACAGCGACUCGAAACUCAUGGUCGAGCAGCUCAAUGGGACGUACCAGGCAAAGGACACCCUUUUACAAUGGUAUUUCCACAUCGCAUCCCAGCAGAUCUCGUCCUUCGACGAGUUCGCCAUACAGCAUGUGUCGUGCGAACAAAAUGCCCGAGCCGACCUCCUAUCGAAGCUCGCCAGUACCAAAAAGCCUGGACAGCACCGAACUAUCAUCCAGGAGGCCCUACACUCGCCUAGCUUCGAUGACAAGGUUGUCAAUGUCAGCGACAGUGGAGACCUGGGCUGGAUGGCGGGCAUCUGGAAUUACUUGAAAGAGGGUACCUUGCCCAAAGACAAAGACGAAGCUCGGAAGAUGAGAAUGAGGUCGGCCAAGUUUGUCAUUGUCGGAGACGAACUGUUCAAACGUGGUAUUUCCACCCCGCUGCUCAAGUGUUUGACCGCACCCCAAGCAGCCUACGUCAUCGACGAAAUUCAUCGGGGCAUGUGUGGCUUGCAUUCCGGAGCUCGCUCGAUGGCCACCAGAAUUCGGAAUCCCUCACACCCUCGUUACUGA